CAACAAAAUCACAUCUCUCUCUCUUCCUUUCUUGUUGCUUAUCCAUUCUUCUCUCUCAAACAAUUAAAUCAAUUCUCUCGAAUUCAAGAACAGAGCCUUUUGAUUCAUCUCUCUCUCGUGCUCACAAUUUGUUAAAUUUGUAAAAGAGGGAUUAAAAAUGACAGGCUUCUCUGUGUCUCUUAUCGUCUCAAACUUCUCAAACGUCGCCUCGUAUCUGUCUCCGAUCUUUGAGACCAUACCGUCAAAGGUUGUCCCAGCGCAGAUCGAGAAGGUUGUCUCUUUGGUCUCUCGCACCGGCAGAGAUUUGCAACGUUACGAUAACUCUGGCUAUCGUCAAGUCGUCGGAUGUGUACCGUACCGAUACAAGACACAACAAGUCAACGGAACUGAAUCCAAAGAAAUCGAAGUUCUUCUCAUCAGUGCUCAAAAGGGGAAAGGAAUGUUAUUCCCAAAAGGAGGUUGGGAGAUUGAUGAGUCGAUGGAGGAAGCGGCUCUGAGAGAGACGAUCGAAGAAGCUGGUGUGACCGGGGAGCUAGAGGAGAAGCUAGGGAGAUGGCAAUACAAAAGCAAAAGACAUAACAUCAUUCACCAUGGAUACAUGUUUGCUUUGCUCGUUGACCAGGAGUUCGAGCGAUGGCCUGAGGCGGAAAUGAGACAACGCAAAUGGGUGGGUUUGGAUGAAGCAAGAGAGGUUUGUCAGAACUGGUGGAUGAGAGAAGCUCUUGAAGCAUUUGUUAACCUGAAAUGUAACACCGAGGAGGUUGAGAUCGAAGCUAAUGAAAGUGGAAACGAUGUUUAGAGUUGGUGGAACAGAGCUUUAGACUUAGAAACCCGUCCACAGUGAUCAUUUGGUCACAAAGUCUCUUUGUCUAUUGAGAGAUGUGGAAAAGUUUUGAUAGUUUGAAGAUUGAGAAGUCAACUUAUUAUUAGCCUUUCUAAUUUUAUUCAUUCUUUUGUGUAUUUGAUGAUAUGAUUCAUUCAUUCUUUGAUUGUGAAUAAAUUGCUAGACCUUAAAAUAAAAUAUUUACUACUAACUC